AUGUUUCUCACAGUACUUCAACUCCUGCUCUUCUGGUUGCCGGUGACAAUUGCCAUUGCGCCGGGUCCGCAAGCCUUUCCAGACUAUGUGCUUGUUGCCACGGCGCAAAACAUUAGCAUCAACUGUCAAACCAGAUACUCCGUGGUGUUCAAUGGCACGAGCCCCGGCCCACCUUUGUUCCUCAGGGAGAAUUACACAACAUGGGUGAGAGUCUACAACAGGAUCGAGAAUGAGAAUCUUACUGUGCAUUGGCAUGGCUUGUCACAGAGGACCUCGCCGUUUUCAGACGGGACACCUGCGGUCUCGCAAUGGCCUAUCGCUCCGAGUGAGUUCUUCGAUUACUCCAUCACACCGCAGAUCGGGGACGCCGGCUCUUUCUUCUAUCACUCCCACGUAGGAUUCCAGUCCAAUACUGCCCAAGGUGUUGUUAUCGUCGGGGAAGCGCAAAACAAGGCCCCACCGUACAGUUAUGACGAGGAUCUAUCACUGUUCAUCCAAGACUAUUUUCCCAGGAACGACUCGUCGAUAGAGGAGGGUCUUGUUGCCAAUCCCUUUCGGUGGUCUGGUGAAGCGGAGGCCAUCUCCAUCAAUGGCUUCAGUGGGAAUUCUUCGUUCAGCAACGCUUCUGAGGCGUCGUGCACUCCCUAUGUCAUCAGCCUCGUCCCUGGGCGGGUGUAUCGGGUUCGCUUCAUCAGCGCCACAGCACUCUCCCUCGUCACCAUCGGUAUUGAAAACCAUUCGAACUUGACUAUUAUUGAGGCGGACGGUUCAUACACCAAGCCGUGGAGUACUGAUCGUGUUCAGCUCGGCAGCGGGCAACGAUUCAGUAUCCUUCUCCGGGCAAAGACGAGAACUGAGCUCGCAGCAGCGGGCAACAGAACAGAUUUUUGGGUCCGAUACGAAAAUCGAGAGAGACCCAACAACGUUUCCGGAUACGCUUUGUUACAUUAUGACAUUGUCAACCGUUCCACGAACCUCCCGCCUAGUCUGCCUACAACACCACCGAUUACCCUAUCUCGCAACGUGACCGGCUGGGCCGAGUACUCUCUCGAGGCGCUGAACCCAGCUGAACCGUUCCCCAGGCUGUCAGAGGUGACGCGAACGAUCUAUAUUACUAUGCAGCAGGUCAUCCGCGUUGGUGCCUUCGUCAACGGGACGAUUAAUGGGACAUUGCAAUGGGCACAGAACAACCUAGUCUGGCAGACGGUUCAACGCGAAUCUAACAACAGCGCCCCCUACCUUGUCCAGCUCUACACUACUGGACAAACGCCGAAUUAUACCGCCGCGUUGCAGAAUGGCGGCUGGGAUCCAUAUAGCAACGCCUUCCCUGCUCUACCUGGCGAGGUGCUCGACAUCGUCUGGCUAAGCAACUCCGGGCCGACGGGCGGGUGGGAUUUCCAUCCUAUGCAUGCUCAUGGGAAGCAUUAUUUCGAUCUGGGUUCUGGAAACGGCACCUACAAUGCAACGGCCAAUGAAGUACACUUUGAAAACUACACACCGGCCCCCCGUGAUACCACGAUCUUGUACAGGUACGCCACAUCGGGUCAGAAGAACUACACGUCCGGCUGGCGGGCGUGGCGGAUCCGCGUUACAGAAGAUGAUGUCGGCGCGUGGAUGAUGCACUGUCACAUUCUCCAACACAUGAUCAUGGGCAUGCAGACGGUCUGGGUCUUCGGGAACAGCAGCUCGAUUCUGAGCAAGUUCCCCACGCAACCGUAUGUGAAUGGAUACCUCAACUACGGCGGAGACGCGUACGGGAAUGAUUCGUUCGACCCGUUGGUGGACGCAUUCCCGAACAACACCACCCGGUUCGGCUGA